AACGUACGGCCGUUGAUGUAGUUGCUGCGACAGUGAUGUUAACAUGUGAGGAGUUUGUUUUCGUUUUUUUCACACUUAAUUAUUAAAACGUUUAACUUUAAAGUGUCCUAGGCACCAUGCACGAUAGGUCGCUCCCCGCCUCUCCCAACUGGUACUGCUCGCGCUGCAGUGACGUCAACAGCAGCGGUUUAUUGGGCGUCGGAGCCAAAAACAUCAUCUACCUGAUUGAUGUGUCUGCGUCCUCCUGCAGAGUCGCAGGUGAGCUGGUCGGCCAUAAAGGCUUAGUGUCAGGCUUUGCGUUCUGUCAGCAUGCAGGCCAGAGUCACAUCUGUGUCAGCUCCUCCAAUGAUGGGAAUGUUCUCUUCUGGGAUUCAGACAACAAGACUCUUAUUAGAGAGUAUGCAGCUCAUCAGAGCCCCGUCUCAGCCGUGCACUGGUCCCCCGUGGAUAAAAACCUGGUGGUUUCAGGGGAUGAGAAGGGCAUCGUGGUGUGUCACUGGUACCACACAGGAGACACCGCCAGCUUCUUCCCCGAGCCCAGGACCAUCUUCUGCCUCACCUGCUCCCCCCACACCUGGAGCUGUGUGGCUGUGGGGUACAAAGACGGGAUGAUCGUGCUGAUUGACGUGAGUAAAAAAGGCGAGGUGAUGCACCGUCUCCGUGGACACGAUGAUGAGAUCCACUCGCUGGCGUGGUCGCCGCUGGCCAAUGAGAACACCCUGUACAGCAGACCCGAGGACACUGAAGCAACCAAUGGCAUAACUGCAGGAGAGGAGAAGGGCUGCUAUCUUGCCUCUGGGAGCAAAGACCAGACAGUGAGGAUCUGGAGCACAGCAAAGGGCAAAGGUGUGAUGACCAUGAAGCUGCCAUAUCUGAAGAAAAGAGGCUCUGCAGUUGACCCCGGGGUCAAAGAGAGACUCUGGCUCAACGUCCACUGGCCGAAGGGACGAGCGACACAGCUUGUGUCCAGCUGCUUCAGUGGUGAGUUGGUGAUGUGGGACUUGACCAAGACAGGGAAGCAGAGGUGGACUCUGUUCGGGACGUCUUCAGAGGGUCAGAACCACAGCAGGAUCGUCUUCAACAUGAGUUCAGUUCACCUGCAGGACGACAGAGAGCUGCUCCUCAGCACCUCCAUGGACAGAGACAUUAAAUGCUGGGACCUGGCCUCUCUGGACUGCUGCUGGACUCUGCCCACCCUGGGUGGUUUCGUCUACGCCCUGACGUUCUCCCCCGUCGGCGCAGGGUGUCUGGCGCUGGGUGUCGGCGACAACAUGAUCCGGGUGUGGAACACACUGACCACCCAGAACCAGUACGACACCAGGUCCUUCUGGCAGGGCAUCAAAUCCAAGGUCACAGCGCUAGCGUGGCACCCUAAAAGAGAAGGAUCCUUGUCUUUCGGAACAGACGAUGGUAAAGUCGGCAUCUACGAUGUCUUCUCAAACAAGCCUCCUCAAAUAUCGAGCUCCUAUCACAGAAAAACAGUCUACACGUUGGCUUGGGGACCCCCAGUACCCCCGAUGUCAUUUGGUGCAGCGGGAGGAAAGCCGUCCUACAGCUUGUAUAGCUGCGCCGGCGAAGGCGUCAUCCUGCAGCACGAUCCAUCUAAACUGAGCGGUGAGGCGUCGGAUAUCGACAGACUGAUCAAAGACACCAACAACAUCAAGCACAAGCUGUCUCCACACACCGACCUCAGCUGGAAGCCAGAUGGGAAAGUGGUUGCCAUCGGCAACGAGGACGGGUGCAUCGACGUGUACGAGGCUCCCAGUCUGAAGCUGCUGUGCAGCAUCCAGCAGCACCACAAGAUCAUCAACACGCUGCGAUGGCAUCACGACCACAGCUCUCCCACGGAGCUGCACUGCCUCCUGGCCUCAGGCUCCAGCAACGCCGUCGUCUACGUGCACGACCUUCGCUCUGUGAUAGAGAAUCCUCCAGACAGCCCUGCGGUGUUGACGGAGCCGUAUCGCAGGCUGUGUGGUCAUACGGCUAAAAUCACCGGCAUGGCUUGGAGUCCACACCAUGACGCCCGGCUGGUCACCGUCUCGUACGACGGCACAGCUCAGGUGUGGGAUGUGCUGCAGGAGGCGCCCGUCUCAAACUACCGGGGUCACGUCGGUUACCUGUUAUGUGUCGACUGGUCGCCCGUCGACCCGGAUGUGAUCUGGACCGGAGGAAAGGACUUCACUCUGCAGGAGUGGAGAGUCUCCAAACAAGAGUUUACAAAUCCACCUAAAGGGAAAAAGAUGCUCGACCUGAAGGAGAAAAUGAGGGCCAAUCCCAAACAGAAGAAGAAGAACAAGAAGGCGGCGGGGGCCACUGGAGCGCCGCCGCCGGAGACGAACGGACAGCAAGUUACAGGAGGAGAGAAGGUGGCGGCGGCGGGACAGGAGCCAUCCGAUGAGGACGAGGAAGAUGAAGUCAGCUCGACAAACAGUUCUUUACCUCCAUCAGCCGCUCUUGAGACGCAAAGAAAAUCCUCCACAGCAGCAAAGAGCAGAGACAAACCAGACUUAAACUUGCUAAAGAGAAAGAAGCCUCGCUCCAUGCUGCCCAUCAGUACGUCCAUGGACCAUCGGCCCAAAGAGGAGCUGCUGCAGGACUGCAUCACUCUGGCCUCUGUCAAACACAGUGACGCGCCCCCUGCAGGCUGUGUCCCAGGCCAGGGAGAGCACAUCCAUCUAGGUCUCUUCUCUGACAGACAGGCUCUGUACCGCAUGUUUGAAGCAGAAGAGGAGAGUCACGUGGAGGCGGGUCACUUUGAGUCUGUUGUGUACCUGCGGCUGUGGAGCGGAGACCUGGAGGGGGCCCUGCAGCUCGCCACAGAGAAAGGAGAGCUGAACGACCACCUGCUCUCCGUCGCUCCCAUGGCUGGGUUUGAGGUGUGGAACCGGACGGUGGAGGCGUUCGUCAAGCAGCUGUGUCUGCAGGAGCAGUACCUGAAGGCAGCGUCCCACCUGCUGUCAAUCAACAAGCUGUACGAGGCCGUCGACCUGCUGCGUUCUCACAAGCUCUACAGGGAGGCCAUAGCUCUGGUCAAAGCCAGGCUGCCAGCAGACGAGCCGGUCCUGAAGGAGCUGUACACCUGCUGGGCCUCCACGCUGGAGAAAGACGGACAUUUCUCUGCAGCCGCUAAAUGUUACGUAGCUGCUGGCGCCAGCUUUGAUGCAGCCAAAGUCAUCGCCAGGAAGAACGACGUUUCCUCGCUGAGGACGGCGGCCAGUCUGGCGAGGAUCUCGGGGGAGGUCACGCUGGCUCAGUCGCUGGCGAUGCGUUGCGCUAAAGAUCUGGCCGCUGCUCAGGACUGGGUCGGAGCCCAGGAGGUCCUGAGCUCACAGGAGAGCCUGCUGGUCCACAGGCUUCAUCUCUGCGUCGCUGAGCUGCUGUCUGCGACGUUGGCUGAAGUCGUACCUCAGUCCCGCAUCUCCAGUCACCCGUGGACAUCGCCAGGCCAGCCGCACAUCAGCAUCCAGGACCGAGUGAGAGAUGUGUGGGAAGAGCAGUUCGGCGUUUCACAAAAGUCGGAGGGUCAUCGCAGCGCCAGAGCGCUCCUGCAGGAGCUGAAGUCCGCGGAGAGUCCGACACCCACCGCCAACGUUCCCCUCAGACAGGUGCUGCUGUAUUCAUCCCUCCAUUUGACCCGCUCCGUGUUGAGCUGGUUAUCGGACGAUGAUGGACAGCUGAUAAAGGAGCUGUGGCUGGCGGUCGCUUGGUUCAGAGACACCGGACACUUCAGUGUGUCUGCAGAGCUCUGCAGGCUGCUUUUCCCUGAUGGUGACGUCAGUGUUUGUUCCAGGAAACAUCUGAAAACACUUCAUCACACAGAAGAAGAAGAAGAAGACGCCAAAGCUGCUGCUGACAGUCUGCAGGCUUUUGUUCAUCUUCACCGUCUGUAUGAACGCUGGUGGAGUCGCUCAGCUGACAACCAGAAGGUCCAGAACGGACAUUCUGCCUCAGCGGCCGACUCCAGCCCCGGAGACGAAACGAAGGACAAAGUGGUGAACGGAGGAUCGUCAGAGUCGGGACAGAGCAGCGUCUGCUCGGCGAACGGGAGGUUCGGUGAACUGGGCUUCGAUGCGUCCCUGCUCCUGUCUGAGCCUCACGCCGCCUGUCAGGCCACUCAGAAGUCCGUGAGGGAGAUCCAGGAGCGGCUGUCCGCCAUGGUGCUGAAGCACGGCAGAGCCCAGGGAGGACAGCUCGACGCCGGGGAGAAACAGGCUGACGGUCCCGCCGCCGGAGAGUCGUCAGACAGCCAGGGACCCUCCGAUGCUGGACAACGGCCUGAUGACCAGGAGACUCUGCUCUCAUUGUCCGUCAAGAUGUCCGACUACCAGAAACAGCUGGCUGACCUGCCCGAAACCAUCAAGAUGUAUCCUCACCCAGAUGUUGUUGAAUGCUGCCUGGUCCUCCUCCACCUCAGCGAGUCUUCCCCAUCUGUCUCAGAGUCCCUGCAACAGGAGACCAAAGAUCUGCUCCGCAAAUACGGAACGAGUCCCUCCGUCCUGAAAGCCUCCCAGCGGUUCCUCACCUGAAUCUUUCACUAGCAGACUGAAAGAAGCACUUCCACUGUACAGCUUUUUGUUGAAUUAAAAAAAAAACUUUAAUUACAAAAUGAUGUUUGAA